AUGUCUGAAAAUAACAUAGUUCGUCAAAGACAAGGCGGACAUACCGAAGAAAACGAAGAAAAUAACUUUAGCAUAGAAGAUAACAAUGACAAUAAAAAGGAAAUUCCAAUUAAAAAACGAGUAAAAGACGAGAUCAGGAGAACACUAGUAGGUAUUUGGCAAAGAGCAUUCAAAAGGGCAUUCUUGGAGAACUAUCCUUCAAAUAAUAUAUUGUUAAUUUUAACUAUACUUUCAUUUAUAACUCGUUUUUGGAAUAUAAAUUAUCCAACACAAGUGGUUUUUGAUGAAGUGCAUUUUGGCAAAUUUGCCAGUUACUACUUAAAAAGAUCCUAUUUCUUUGAUGUUCAUCCACCACUUGCAAAACUUAUGCUAGCAGCAAUGGGAUGGCUACUUAAUUUUGAUGGACACUUUGAAUUUGAUAAUAUUGGAGAUGAUUAUAUAACAAACAAUGUACCAUAUAUAGGAUUAAGAGGUUUACCUGCAACAUUAGGUGCCCUCUUUGUUCCGUUGACAUAUGUCAUCUUGAUUGAAUCAGGUUAUCCAGUAGUGACAGCAACUUUUGCAGCUGGAUUAUAUUCUAAUGAAUGGUGGCUUUGGAUGAUCACAACUGGAUUUUUUUUGGGUUUAACAUUAAGUGUUAAAAUGGUUGGAUUUUUUACAGUUCUUACAAUUGGCACUGCAGUUUUAAUUGAUUUAUGGGAUUUAUUAGAUAUACAUCGUGGAUUAACUAUGGCACAAUUUAAAAAACAUUUUUUUGCACGUGCAGCUGGCCUUAUAAUUGUACCAAUUUCUGUUUAUUUAUUUUGGUUCUAUGUUCAUUUUGCUAUCUUGAAUACAAGUGGUACUGGUGAUAAUUUUAUGAGCCCUGCUUUUCAGGAAACCUUGCAUGGAAAUUUAAUGUCUACUCAAAGUUUUGGUACUUCAGUAUUUUUGCAUUCCCAUACAGAACGUUAUCCAUUACGUUAUGAUGAUGGUCGUGUUAGCAGCAAAGGUCAACAGGUGACAGGUUAUCCACAUAAUGACACAAAUAAUCAUUGGCGAAUUAAAACACCAGGAUCUUUAUUUGAUUCAUCAAGACCAGAAAAUGACACAAUCAAACAUGGUGAUUUUAUUAUUUUAGAACAUGUUGGCACUCAAUCUUAUCUUUUAACUCAUGAUGUUGCUAGUCCAUUAAUGCCUACGAAUCAGGAAUUCACCACUAUUGAGCCCAACGACACAGCUCGUUUUAAUGAUACACUUUUCCAAGUUUUUACUAAAGAUGGUGAUAAAGAAUCUGUUAUAAAAACCAAGUCAAGUUUUUUUCGCUUAAUUCAUUUUAAUACUAAAGUUGCACUUUGGACACAUGAAUCUAAAUUGCCUGAAUGGGCAUUUGGACAACAAGAGGUUAAUGGUAAUAAGAAAAAUACAGAAAAUUCUAAUUAUUGGUUUGUAGAUGAGAUUAUUGGCUUAAAUGUAACAAUUCCAAAGGAACCUAAAAAACCAACUAGACAAUUAUCUUUCCUUCGUAAAUUUUUUGAACUUCAAAAUCUCAUGAUAAGUCAUAAUGCUGGAUUAACAAAACCUCAUCCUUAUUCCAGUGGCCCAAUCAAUUGGCCAUUUUUAAUACGUGGUAUUUCAUUUUGGACAAAUAGUGACACUAAGGAACAAAUAUAUUUAAUUGGAAAUCUAGUUGGAUGGUGGAUUGCAAUUGGUUUAAUGUCUGUUCUUAUUGGUGUUUUAGCAGCUGAUAUGCUUUCAAGAAGACGUGGUACAGAUCCUAUUCCAAAACGUAAUUAUUUAACAUCGGGAGUAGUGUUUAAUUUUAUGUUUGUUGAAUCUAUAAAUUAUCCAAUUUCCAUUCCAAUUCCAUCAAGAUCAAAACACACAUAUCUAUUAAGUGCUAAAGUUGACGUCAUUACAAUAGCAAUAGCAGCUUUGGCUUUGAUUUUGGAUGCAAAUUAUUAG